AUGGAGGAGUGGAUCAUUGAAGAGGAGGUGCUCCUGGCCGCCAGCUACUACAACGCGCAGUCCACCAGCGGCGUCGGGAGGUCGCGCGCAGGCACUAGUGAUGAAGUGCCGAAGGCAUAUCUGCUCCUCGGGGACGAAAGUGCCAAGCAUGUGCAGACGCCGGUGGCAAUUGACGUCCGCGUGGAUGCAGGAUCGAAGCAGCUCAUGUGGGACGCAAGCCUAGUUGCAGAGCGCGUUCGCCUGGUGCAGGUAAUACACACGAUGCAGACCGUGGUUGGCUUGCUGGUUGCAGGUACGGGCAAAUGCUAUAGCACAUUCGUCCUCGAGAUUGCUGCGCGCUGGCCCGCAGUACACAACGUCUUCACCUACGGUAGGGACGGGACUCUCCAAUGCCUGGAUCUGACGCUUGGCCGCCAGGUGGCGUACGUGACGGCGGCGUGCGGGAUGCGCAAGUACCUGCCUCAGAAACCGGCGAAAGCGGGCGGCAAAGAGACCGACCUCGAGGAGCAGAGCCGCGUGCUGGAGGCGCUGCAACAGAAGGUGGCUCAAAUCGUGACCUACCUAGAGGGUAUCGAGGGCGAGCUGGAGCUGCCGCAGGAGGAGAUACUUCGCCAGUGCUGGCUGCUGGUCUGUAGGCUGCGCAGACCGCCGUCGCGGGACAUCGAAGAAGAGAUAUUGGCGUUGGAAACGCAGUGCCAGCUUAUAAAUGUUCUUACUACACAGUUCGAGACGUCAAUGCUGCUGGACUAG